AUGGCCGGAUCACGGCUGGCCCGGCGCAGCAACCGUCCUGCCGCGCUGAUGCCCAUUGUGCUCAAUGAUCAAGGCAUAGUUGACAGCCUUACUGAAAAUAAUCAGAGAAGCGUGUGGGCUAGCACAAGGAUAGGGCAGGACGAACAACUCUACUUAGUCCAUGUUCAGGGUACGGCUGGCAUCGGUCACCCAACCACGCUGGUCGUCAAGAAGUUCCAGAACUUGGACGGAAUAGUGGACGGUAAUCUAGAGAACCGCUGCAAGUCGGAGAUGUUCCUGUUAGCCAGCAUCCGUCACGACAACAUCGUCAAUGUCCUACACUUCAUCCAGAGGGAGAAUGCGAUCAUGCUUGUUUACACGUAUCAGGUGAACGGCAGUCUUGACCAGUGGCUGCACCGGCAGGAGGAGGGUGAACUGCCGCUGAGCUGGCCGCAGAGGAAGGCCAUAGCCAUUGGCGUGGCCCAAGGGCUCUUCCACUUACACCACGGAUGCAAUAGACCGAUUGUCCACCACAACAUCACCUCUCUCAACAUCCUGCUUGAUCAUAAUUUCAAGGCCGUGAUAGCCAGUUUUGGUGCUGCACAAAUGAACAUGGCCGGGCUCAACCAACCAUUGCCUAUCGCGUGGACUGUGUUUGGUAACUUCGGGUAUGCAGCUCCAGAAUAUGGGAGGGCGGCAAGCCAGCUGACGGAGAAGGUAGACACGUACAGCUUUGGUGUGGUGCUGCUGGAGCUUGUCACAGGGCGGGUGGCCAAUGGGGUGGAUGGUCAGUUGGCCAUAUGGGCUCGUGACAACUGCAGUAAGCUGAUGGCAAAGAAGCUGGAACGGUUCAAGAUUUCUGUGGACAAGGGCAUCCCAAAUCAAGCACGGUACAUGGAGGAGAUGGCUACCAUGUUCAGGCUGGGUGUGGAUUGCACUGUCGAUGAUCCGCAGCAAAGGCCGUCCAUGCAUAUGGCUCUCAAACGACUUCGCCGUGGCUGUGGGCGUGGGCGAUUUGGUGGCAUUCUCACCUGCUAUAACCUGUAAAGCCACCGGCUAAGGCAAGUGCCUAUUUUACUUUGGAAACAUGAAAAUAAAGAGUAAAGGCCUUCCAUACCAUUCACGUGAAAAAUGAAGGGAAGCAAAAUGAGACAUCCCUGAUUGCAAUGGGCACCUUUGUAUCAAAAUGGUUCUUCCUCCCACACUUCAGUGUUUGUUGUGUUCCUGACUGCUCCAAGCAAGAAUAAAAUCUUGAACUCUGGAGUAUUCUUAGUGAUGUUAGUCUUUGGAGUGCUUGCUCAUUUGGAACUUGCAAAAUAAACUUUUUUGUU